AUGCCACCCACACCCCCACAAUACGAAUGGACGACCAAUGAAGUAAGAGAAUGGAUGGCUGGACACUUUGUUACCAGAAUGAAGCGAGAAAGAUCUUAUGCCAUCACGGUUGCACAACAAUAUGAUGGAACAGGGAGACUACUGUUUUCCUACACAAAGGAGGAUUGGCUAGAGGUGUUUGAGAGGAAAGUGUACGGGGUUAUGGCGUGGAUUUUGGGAAAUGAUGAAGAAUUGAAAGAGACAGGUUUUCCGAGAAGAAGUGAGAGAACUAGACAAAAGGGUCGGAGACAAGAGAGAGGGAAGAGAUAA